AUGCCUGAAGAACGAUCGUCCUUUCAACAGGAUGUCAAGACAAUCGAUCCCAAGGUCCUCGCCGAAGCGAUGGGAGGAACCGACGUGCCCCCGGAGGAAAAUCUGCUUUCGACGUUCGAGGAGGGCUUUGGAUACUUCACCUCUGCUGCAGUUGGACGUUCGUUAAAACGGUAUCGGCUCGUCCGCAAACUGGGUUGGGCUGCAAACUCCGCCGUGUGGCUCGCGCUAGCGAGGCGGGGUCACAUAUGUUUCGUCACGGAAGCCUUAAGUACGAGCUUAGAAAACUUUCGUAUUCCAGGGGAGGAUUCUACGAAUCGGCCCCUCCCCCUACGUAUCGUGAAGCGCAUCACGAAACAGGUACUUCUUGCGCUGGAUUACCUUCAUCGUGAAUGCGGGUAUAUUCACACUGAUAUCAAAUCCGAGAACAUCCUUCUUUCAAUACCCUCACCAACUUCUUCCCGAAUAAGCCAAUUCCUAAAGGAGGAUCCUCCAGCCAUCUACGGCCCCCCUCUAUCCCUUCCAUCAUUAAAAGUGCCCCUCGUGUUCUCAUGUUCGCAGCCUUUACCGUAUUUCAGCCUUUGUGAUUCUAUUGAGGAUGUAGAGGUGCGAUUGGUGGAUUAUAGUGAAGCUACGCCCAUCGACAAGCCGGGGAGAGAACAUCUCCGUCAACCAGAUAUCAUCCGCGCACCUGAAGUUACACUUCGAUAUCCUUGGACGUCCGCUAUUGACAUAUGGACUGUCGGUUGCCUUGUAUUCGAGCUCCUCACCAGUCGCAUCCUCCUCUACCAAGACCACGAUAACUACUCACACGAACGCCAUUUACAAAACAUAAUAGAAGUAUUAGGACCGUUCCCGCUUGAUUUCCUUGGGGAGUGUGAGGAUCGGGAGAAAUACUUUGAUGAGAAAGGCACGCUUCUACACACAAAAAACACCGAUUUUGCUCCAACCACACUCGAAAACAUUUUGCAAGAACUUAGACUUGAAGUCGGCGAUGAGGAUGAGGAUGAGAGUGAGAUACUAGGCGCCGCCAAGUUCUUGCGUAGAUGCUUGAUGUUGGAUCCGAGGAUGAGACCUAGUGCGCAGGAGUUAUUAGAGGAUGGGUGGCUGUCAUUGUAA